AUGGGUUCCUUGUUUCGAAGUGCGGAAAUGACUCUUUGUCAGCUGUUCUUGCAGAGCGAGGCUGCUUACGCUUGUGUGUCCGAAUUGGGUGAACUCGGAUUAGUGCAAUUUCGAGAUCUGAAUCCCGAUGUGAACGCUUUCCAACGGAAGUUCGUGAACGAAGUUCGAAGAUGCGACGAGAUGGAGAGAAAGUUGAGGUAUCUGGAAAAGGAAAUCAAGAAAGAUGGUAUUCCGAUGUUGGAUACGGGUGAGAACCCGGAAGCGCCACAACCUAGAGAAAUGAUUGAUCUGGAAGCCACUUUCGAAAAAUUGGAGAACGAGUUGCGUGAAGUCAAUCAAAACGCCGAAGCUCUUAAGAGAAACUUCCUGGAAUUGACGGAGCUCAAGCAGAUUUUGAGGAAAACCCAGGUGUUUUUUGAUGAGCACGAGGGGGGCGUUAAUCCCACUGAGUCUAUGACCAGGGCUCUCAUUAGCGACGACUCUAUAGCCCGACAAAGCGCCUUAGGCCCCGUCCAAUUGGGUUUACCGGAAAAACAAUAUGACCCGGAGGAAUACUUUCCAUGCUUCGUAGCGGGUGUGAUUUUGCGAGAAAGAAUCCCUGCUUUCGAGAGGAUGCUGUGGAGAGCUUGCAGAGGAAACGUCUUCCUUAGACAAGCGGAAAUUGAAACUCCACUAGAAGAUCCAUCUAGCGGCGAUCAAGUGUACAAAUCUGUGUUCAUCAUAUUCUUCCAAGGAGAUCAAUUGAAGACGAGGGUGAAGAAAAUCUGCGAGGGAUUUAGAGCGACGCUCUAUCCUUGCCCCGAAGCUCCGGCCGAUCGCAGGGAAAUGGCGAUGGGCGUCAUGACAAGAAUCGAAGAUCUUAAUACGGUGCUGGGACAAACCCAAGACCAUCGUCACAGGGUACUGGUAGCGGCGGCGAAGAACAUCAAAAAUUGGUUCGUAAAAGUGCGGAAAAUCAAAGCCAUUUACCACACGUUGAACUUGUUCAAUUUGGAUGUGACGCAAAAGUGUUUGAUAGCCGAAUGUUGGGUGCCCGUGCUCGACUUGGAGAACAUCCAAUUGGCUUUGAGAAGAGGAACCGAACGCAGCGGCAGUUCGGUCCCGCCUAUUCUGAAUCGCAUGGAUACGUUGGAAGACCCGCCGACGUAUAAUCACACCAACAAAUUCACCAGCGGUUUCCAAACGUUGAUCGAUGCUUACGGUAUCGCCUCCUACAGGGAAAUGAAUCCGGCGCCGUACACCAUCAUCACGUUUCCCUUCUUGUUCGCCGUCAUGUUCGGCGACUUGGGACACGGGUUCCUCAUGACGUUGUUCGGGGCUUGGAUGGUGCUCAAAGAGAAACCGCUCGCUGCCAAGAAAUCCGACAACGAGAUUUGGAACAUCUUCUUCGGCGGUCGUUACAUCAUCUUGCUUAUGGGUUGCUUUUCGAUGUACACGGGAUUGAUUUACAACGAUGUGUUCGCGAAGUCGCUGAACAUAUUCGGUUCUAGUUGGUACGUGGCGAACGCGAGCGCUCGUACGGAGAGCAAGGAUUACGGGCUCGAUCCGAGGGCCGAUAGGAAUUAUAUCGGUACGCCCUAUCCGUUGGGAAUGGAUCCCGUUUGGCAGCUCGCGAAUAACAAAAUCAUUUUCCACAAUUCGUUUAAAAUGAAGAUUUCUAUUAUUUUGGGAAUAUUGCAUAUGUUGUUUGGAGUGGUUAUGAGUCUGUUUAAUCACAUGUAUUUCAAGAACAAACUAAGCAUAAUUUGUGAAUUUAUCCCUCAAGUGGUAUUCCUCGUGUUCCUGUUUAUGUACAUGGUUCUUCUCAUGUUUAUCAAAUGGUUCGUGUACUUCGCCAACAUAGAAGACGAUGACAUCAUUUACGGUUCCAGAUGCGCUCCGUCUAUUCUCAUCACCUUCAUCAACAUGGUUCUGCAGAAAGAAACGCCUUUCGAUCCGAAAUGCAAGACGUCCAAUUUGUUCGGCGGCCAGCUGGGCUUGCAGAAAUUCCUCUUCGUUUGCGCCGUCAUUUGCGUACCUUGGAUGCUCCUGGCCAAGCCUUUGAUCAUCAUGAGAAAUCGCAAAAAUGCCGCCCAGUACUCUGUAAACCAUCAACAAAUGCAAUCGGCUACGGAAAAUGGCGACGCCGAGCAACCCAUGCACAACAGCACGUCCCAGCCGCCGGCGAUGGGCGGAGGCGGUCACGACGAGGAGCCGAUGGGUGAAAUUUUCAUUCACCAGGGCAUCCACACCAUCGAAUACGUGUUGGGUUCGGUUUCUCAUACUGCUUCUUACCUUCGAUUGUGGGCAUUGUCGUUGGCGCACGCGCAAUUAUCUGAAGUUUUGUGGAACAUGGUGCUGAGCAAAGGUUUGCAAGUCGAUGAUUGGGGCGGCGGUGUCGCUCUGUACGUAAUUUUCGCAUUUUGGUCGGCUCUGACUGUAUCCAUUCUUGUUCUGAUGGAGGGUUUGUCAGCGUUCUUGCACACUUUGCGUUUGCACUGGGUCGAGUUCCAGAGUAAAUUUUACAGCGGUAGUGGUUACGGUUUUCAACCGUUCUCCUUCGAAAUCAUUUUGGAUUCUGCUUCUCAAGGCAAAGAAGAGGUCUAG